AUGAGUAAUCAAAUCUCAUCAGACCAAGAUGUCUAUUGGGCACUACAGGAAAUUAUGUCUGGUAAGAUGAACCUUCAAAACAUUUCCUUCUACAAUUCUGAUUCUGCUUCCAGCUCUCAUCAAGAAACAGAAAAUUCCAUAAGCAUCAACAUCUCCACAAAGGGCAACAGCAUUCAGGAGUUCUGCCAGAUUUUAACGAUACUCUUAGCACAGGAGAGCAGAUUUACUCCUACAAACUUGGCUUUUUAUUGUAUAAGUUGGGAGAUGAAGGCACUUCAAACUUUUACUUCAUUACUCGAUAACAACUCAAGCAUCAAACAUGUUGAAUUCCAAAAGAACAUCUUCACCGCCCAGGGCAUGUUUGAGCUUUCAGAUAUGCUAGGAAGAAACAAAAGAAUUAGGAGUAUUAUAUUCUCAGAGUGCCAGAUUGAGUCUACAGGAGCUAGCUUAUUAGCUUCUGCUUUGAUGAAAAAUGAUACUCUGGAAGAACUACAGAUAUGGGAGGACUCUAUUGGUUCAGAUGGUGCUGAAGAACUAUCAAGAAUGAUCGAGGCAAACUCAACACUAAAGCUCCUAUUGAUACUUGAUAAGCAUUUCAUUACUGCAACCCCUCUGAUCUCAGCUGUACUGGCGCGGAAUCGCAGCAUGGAAGUUCAUGUUUGGACCAGAGAUGGAACUGACAAGAAUCUUAAAAUAGUUGAGUUUACACCUGAGACAAGCAUGCUGAGAAUUUACAAACUGAACACUUCAGGUUCUCAGAGGAUAGCCUGUGCACUAGGUUUGAAUACAACAGUAAAGACCCUAGAUAUGACUGGUAUCAAGCUGAAAUCAAACUGGGCUAAGGAAUUUAGACAGGUUCUGGAGCAAAAUAGAAGCCUCAAAGAAGUUAAAUUAUCAAGAAGCAGCCUUGGAGACAAGGCGAUUGUGUACAUAGCAGCUGGGUUAUUCAAGAACAAGUCUUUGGAAAAGUUGGCACUGGAUGGAAACAGAUUCAGCGGGGUUGGAGUGGAGCAUCUAUUGUGCCCCUUAAGUAGGUUCUCUGCUUUGCAAAAUCAAGCAAACACUACACUGAAAUCUGUGACAUUUGGGGGAGGGGAGACCAGGAUAGGCAGAGGAGGUGUCAUUGCAAUCUUGCGUAUGUUGGACACAAACCAAACCAUUAACCAACUUAGCAUAAAUGACGACACAAGCAUGAAAGCUGAAGAUGUAGUGAGAAUUUUCAAGAGCUUAGAGAAGAAUCCUACUUUGAGAUUUCUGUCACUAAGAGGAUGCAAAGGGGUAAAUGGAGAGUUGGUGUUGCAAACGAUAAUGGGAACUCUUCAAGUAAAUCCAUGGAUAGAGGAGAUUGAUCUCACAGGAACUCCUUUGCAAAUUGCAGGGAAGACUGAUGUAAUUUAUGAUAAAUUGCGCAAAAAUGGAAGUCUUGUUCCAGAGAAUGAAUUGCUUGCUGAUAUGCCAUUGACCACGCCAAAAUGCUGCAGAGCAUUUUUCUGUGGACAAGACUUUGCAGGAAAAAGCACACUGUGUAGCUCCAUAAAUCAUAAUUUUAGUUCUAUCAAAUUGCCUUACAUGGAUCAGAUCAGAACAUUAGUCAAUCCAAUUGAACAGAUCGCAAGAACAGCAGAGGUUAAGAUAAAAAUCAUCAAUGAUGGUGACACAAAAAUCUCAAUUUGGAACCUUGCUGGCCAACAUGAAAAUUUUGCAUUACACGAUAUCAUGUUUCCAGGCCAUGGGAGCCCCUCACUGUUUUUUAUAAUUUCCAGCUUGUUCAGGAGGCCGGCAAACAGAGAACCCAAAAACCAAGAAGAGAUUGAAGAUGACCUGUCAUACUGGCUGAGAUUUAUAGUUUCAAACUCGAGAAGAGCAAUAUCACAAUCAAUGCCACCUCACAUUACCAUAGUUCUUACCCACUCGGACAAAGUUUCACAUCCAUCAGAAGACUUGCAGCCCAUUAUUAAUCUGAUUCAAAAACUAAAGGAUAUGUUUGAAGGGUUUGUGGAACUGUAUCCCAUGGUAUUCAUGGUAGAUGCAAGAUCAUCUGUGUCUGUAAGCAAGCUCACACAUCACCUGAGAAAGACGAGCAUGACAAUUCUUCAAAGAGUUCCACAAGUGUAUCAAAUAUGCAAUGACAUGAUAAAGAUCUUAUCAACCUGGAGAUCAGAAAACUACAACAAACCAGCCAUGAAAUGGAAUGAGUUCUGUGAGUUAUGCCAGCUUAAGCUUCCCUCUCUCCGAAUCCGAUCAAGGUGGGAUGACAUGGAAAAGAUAGAGAAAAAAAGACAAGCAGUAGCGAGUACAUUGCAUCACGUAGGUGAAGUAAUCUUCUUUCAAGAGCUUGGAUAUCUAAUAUUAGACUGUCCGUGGUUCUUCGGCAAAGUACUUGGUCAGCUCACAAAGUUAGACUCAGGAAAUCUUAAUACAACUGACAAGCUUGGGUUCUUUAGCUGGUUGGAACUGGAGAAGAUACUAAGAGGGAGCUUGCAAAGUCAAAUUCCUGGGAUUGGUUCAAAAGUAUUUGACAAUUUGGAAGCUGGUGAUUUAAUGAGGAUGAUGUUAAAACUUGAGUUAUGCUAUGAAAAAGAUCCAAGCAACCCCAAGACCCUUCUCUUAAUUCCAUCACUUCUCAAAGAAAGCCAAGGAAGAAGAUUGCCAACAUGGCAGCCAAGCACAACAGAAUGCAAUUAUGUUGGAAGGCGUCUGGAAUGUCAUGAAGCCAGACAGAUGUUUCUAACGACAGGAUUCUUCCCAAGGCUUCAGGUUCAUCUCCAUAACAAAAUUUUUAAACAAAAUGAGCGAAAGGGAGCAACAUACGCUCUAGAGAAAUACCUCAUCUCCAUAAUCAUUAAUGGGAUCCAGAUCAGGGUAGAGUUUGGAGGACAAAGCAGCAACUAUGUUGAUGUUCUUGCAUGCUCGAAUAAGACUGUCACUGAAGUUCUUAGACUCUUGAGCCAGCUCAUCAGGCCAACAAUUCAGAGUAUAUGCCCUGGAACUUCUUUGUCCGAAUAUGCGAUUAGACCAGACUGUGUUAGGUUUCUUAUACCGCCAACAUUCAGAAGAACCCAACUAGUGUCAUUGCCCGCACUUAAAGAAGCACUGCUCUCCACACCUGCUGAUGGCAUUUAUGAUUACCAGCAUACUUGGAGUUCAAUACACAAUGGGAAUAGGUUGCUUCUGCAUUCAGGUUUUGAUUAUGCAAGAAAUCUUCUUGCAGAUGACGAGUUCCGUGAAGUAUUGGGCCGAAGAUAUAAUGAUCUGCACCAUCUUGCUGCUGAGCUGACAGUUUCAUUUGAGCACAGGAAGGAGCCACAAACACUGGCUGGAAAUGAUGGUGAACAGACCAUUGAACCUUCACUUUUAGGCAUAGCAAAAGGAGUAGAACUAGUUCUGCAGAGAUUGAAGAGCAUGGAGCAGGAAAUCAAAGACCUAAAACAGGAGAUUCAAGGAAUGAGAUAUUAUGAACAUUGUCUUCUAGUUGAGCUCAACAGGAAAGUAGAUUACCUUGUGAACUAUAACAUUCAGCUGGAAGAACGGAAGGUACCAAACAUGUUCUACUUUGUGCAAGUGGAAAAUUACUCAAGGAGGUUGGUUACAAGAAUAAUUUCUGGCAUGAAAGCACUGCGGCUGCACAUGCUCUGCGAAUACCGAAGGGAGAUGCAUGUUGUUGAAGAGCAAGUAGGAUGUGAACUUCUGCAGGUAGACAAUGAAGCAGUUAAGUGUCUACUGCCCUACAUGAGCAAAUUCAUGAAGCUGUUAACCUUUGCGCUAAAGAUAGGAGCACAUUUUGUGGCAGGAAUGGGAGAGAUGAUACCUGAUUUGGGGAGGGAAGUCGCUCAUCUAAUAGAUUCUUCUCUAGUUUAUGGGUCAGCAGCAAUGGCUGCAGGAGCCAUUGGUGCAGCAGCAAUUGGACAAAUAGGAGUAAGGAGAAAAAAUGCAUAUCCCGGCAGGAGGUACUCAAGGAAUCCUGGACAAGAAAUUGGAGAUGCUCAGCAAUGGCUACUUGAUUUCUUGAAGGGUCAAGGGAUUUCAACUGGAAAAGAUAUAGCUGACAGGUUUGGCUUGUGGCGGGUGAGGUAUUUGGAUAAUGGAGACAUUGCAUGGAUAUGUCAAAGGCAUAAAGAAACAAGAAGGAAAGAAAUCACUGAACUACCUAUCUAACAAAUAAGCAUUUAGACAUACAUGUGUAAUGUUGGACUAGAACCUAAAUGGGUGCCUUGACCCCUAAAAGAAACUUUUAGUUAACAAUAUUGUACUAUUAAAUCCAACUCUAAAUUCUUGGCUUCAUAUGAUGUCAUCAUUUGAUUUUUCUAGAAAGCCUUUUUAUCUAAAGGAAACAUCGAUAAUAAUAUAUUCCAUAUAUAUAAGGUGUAUCUGGGUUGAUCUUCUUUAAUAUUCAUUUGCAAGCACAAGUAUUCUUUUUAAAAACAUCUCAAAGUGAGUAGCCAACAAGUAUGAUCAUAUAAGCAGUGCAGCAUACAAAUCAAGUUACCACUUAGAAGUACUUGCAAACGACUCAUAAGAAAAUAAUGCUAAAAAGAAAAGAAAAAAAAAAAAAGAAGGGAAUCAUAGCCUAGUCGGGAUGAAAAGAUAAUGCUACGAUCCCUCUUUUGUUACUCAAUAAUGACAGUUCAAUCGACAUCCCUACAUAGUAUAUGCGAGCAUAUAUGAUUUUUUUGCCAUGAAGACAAUUUAAAAAAGAGGGAAAGGAAAACAACCAUGAUAAACCACUUAUAAUUGACAAAUGCAACCCAGCGUGCAUCAUUUUUUCCAUCAGUUGUAAUAUGAAUGAUAUAUCAUGCACUUUUUUUUUUCUCCAGCAACUUAUUUUUUGCCAGAAAUUUUCAAUGAUCUCGGAUGCACGCCCCAGCACUACAGAAAGCUAAAAAUAGCAAUUUUGACUGGUACAGAAUAAUCUUACAUUUGUUUGGGUUAGAAAUUACAUUGCUUUGGCACUUAAAAUAUAUUUUGCUGAAGGCAGCAUACUCUUGCCAUUCCAUUACUAAGAAAAAUAACAAAUAAGUAGUUCAUCCAUAAUAACUUCAAAAUUAAUGGUUCUUCAAUUACAAUAAUUGCAAGCUUCAGUUGUAUUCAGAAACCAAAAGAGAUCUAAAUGCAUAAAAACCAUAAUCUUUCAUUCAACUUGUAUCCAAACAGUCACAAAAUCCUGAAACCAUUUGUGGUUAGGAAAGCUACCAAGAAGAAAGAGUGCAUGUAGAAGUUGGGAAACAAAACCUUUGAGUUCACAUAGCUAAUGCAGCAGGAACUGAACAAACUAACAAGCUUUUAUGAGCCACUAAGUUAAAUGAAAAAGAAAGAGCAAAAAGUAAAACCAAUAAUUAUUCAUCAGCCAAGCAAUUCGAGGACAUACAUA